AUGGCAUUCUCCUUUUACACUUUCAUUGCUAUUUUGCUUUUUUUACUCUCUAUAAUAGUGAGGAGCAGUGAGAUUACUAGAGCAACAAAUAAUGAUUCAGAAUCUCUUGUAGCUGAGGAAAAAGCAUUGAUGGAAACUGGGUGGUGGAGUAACUACAGCAACAAAGGUGUUCACCAUUGUACAUGGCCUGGUGUUAGAUGUAGUCCUGCUGGGAGUGUCAUCGAGGUUGAUCUUAGUGGCCAUGGUCUAAAUGGGAGUAUAACACCUCAAAUAGGUGCACUUUCCAAACUCAAGUGCCUCAACCUGUCCUUAAAUACUCUUAGAGGUGAGUUACCUUCUUCACUUGGAAACCUUACUCAAUUGGCAGUGCUUGAUGUUUCUUAUAAUGAAAUUUAUUAUAUUCCCUUGGAAAUUGAGAAGAUGAAGAAUCUUGUUUCUCUAAAUUUGACGAGGAACCUCAUUGUUCAUAUGCCUUCAACUAUUGGUCUUUUGACCAAUCUCACCCACUUGAUUAUGACCUCUAAUCCAUUGCAGAGCAUCAUCCCUCCCCAUAUAUGGAACCUGAACAAGCUAAUGACUCUCCAUCUCGGAAACUGCCAGCUCUACGGUUCCAUUCCACCAAAUAUUGGAAAGCUCAAGAGUUUGGUUAAUCUCCAUCUCUCAAGCAACAUGCUUGUUGGUCCAAUCCCAUCUUCUGUCAACAACUUAACCAAUCUUGUAUCAUUGGUUCUUUAUGGAAACCAACUCAAUGGAUCCAUUCCGCAAGAAAUUGGGAGGCUAACCAAUUUGACUACACUGUAUCUAUCGUCUAAUAUGCUUGUUGGUCCCAUCCCUUCCUCUUUGGGUAAUUUAUCCAGACUGGAAUCGUUCUCUCUUUAUCAAAAUAAAAUAAAUGGUUCCAUUCCACAAGAAAUAAGACAUCUUGGGAAGUUGUCUCACUUAGAUCUUGGUGCCAAUAACUUGAGUGGUGAAAUCCCUUCGUUUCUAGGUCUUUUACCCAGCUUGAGUCGUUUGUACCUUGACUCAAAUCUUUUUGAAGGUUUCAUCCCAUUAGAUAUUAGAAAACUAAAGAAUUUGACUUUAUUGCUUCUCUCUGGUAACAGACUCACUGGCUCAAUCCCUUCAUCUUUGAGUUAUUUGACCAAUUUGCAGUUGUUGUCCCUUGACAGAAAUCUUUUACACGGUUCCAUCCCUUAUGAAAUUGGAAAUAUGACGAAUCUAAUAGAGCUACAACUUGAUUCCAACCAUAUUUCCAAUUCCACCCCUUCAUCUCUACUUCAUUUACCCAAUUCAUUGCAUCUAUCCAUGGCUUCGAAUCUUUCGGAAGGUCCUAUACCCCAUGAAAUUGAGAGUUUGAAUGCCUUGGGAUACUUAGUGUUGGGUAUGGGUUCCACUACGUGGGAAACCCAUAUUUUCUGCCAUAAUGUAUUUUCUUUUUUUGGCCUUUUAUGUGUGGGAUGUGGGCAGCCUUUCUUUUAUUAUUGA